AUGAAAUUGAAUCAGAAUAAAGUUUACUUUAUGUUUGUAGAUUUCUACAAAUUCCCUGAGCGAUCAUCUGUAACAGUAGAUACAUCUAUGGAUAUCAACAACGAUGGUUCAAGUGAUAAGCAAAAUGACAUGACAGAAAUUGAAUGGGAUAAACCAGCUACAACUGUAUCCACAAUCGUUGCAGACGAAGAGACUUUUGCUAUUGAUGGAGACUACGAAAAAUUCACAGAAAAUAGCAUGCACAAAAGCAUUAAUUACAAGCCAGUUGGUAAUGCAGAACGGUUUCAUAAAACCUCACUGUAUGAACAAAAAUAUCGUCAUCAUAAUUCAUCAUUUGAGGAUGGGAAAAAUAUAGUCUUUAAAGUACAUCAAGAUACCCGACAUCAUCGUCACGAUCACCACCACCAUCAUCAUCAUCACAGAUGUAGCCGAAAACAAAAUUCUAACUGUAGUUUAAAACGUUCACAGUCAGACCAAUGUAACAAAAAGAUGGCGAACUCACCCAGCGGUAUAACACAGUCAUCAUCAACAAAAAACAUCAAAGCACCAGAAGAUAUUACACAACAUGCGUGUUUUGGAAGUUAUCAUUCAGCGGUUGAUUUCAAAAAACAACCACCAAGUUCAAUUGAAGUGAUCUUGCGUUUAAUUUCGCAACAAUUAUGGACUGAUCUAAUGAGCUGGUUGGAAACUACCCUGUCUGACAAUAUUUCUGCAAAUCCAAGCAAAAGUGAUGGUAACGCGGUUAUUCAAAAGCAUAUUUUCCAUUAUCCGUUUCCUUUAUAUCGACUGAGAGACAAUACACUAUCACGCUGCGAUUCAUCGGUUGCAGAUACACAGAAUUCCUUGGCAUCACCAUCUUGUCGAUUAUCGAAACAAGCAAAACAUGCAAAUGUAGAUGCAUCAACUUUCACUAGCAGUCAGCAUGCUGUACAGAUGAAUGAAUCUAAUGUUGAACUGACCGAUCUUUUGCAAAUUUCAACAAAAACGUUACAAAUAAGAGAAAAGUCAAUCGUUAAUGAAGCAACCGAUAAUUCUAACCGUAUACAAUACACUGGAAGUAAUUGUUUGAUAGAUUCAAUAAGUAACCAUCCACAAGCUGCUGUAAGUACUUCACAUUCAUCAUCCAUAACUAUGACAACAAUUACAACAUUAGUGUCACGUGUAAGUCCACAACCUGUUGGAACUAGCUCUGUUACCCGACCCAUAUCUAGUUCGCACUGUAAAUCUUCGACAAAUAUCUCACGUAAGUCCUUACUCACAUUUAACAGUUCUAUGACAGAAGUACCUAAUCAUAGUGGGACAAGUGGGGUGGGUGUUAUUGGCAUAGCAGCUAACCUGCAUCAUAAUGGAAGACUUGCUCCAUUGGAUAGAAUACGUACACCUUUGCCAUCUCAUUAUUCUUCCACAUUAGAAGAGCAGAUUAUCGUCACAACAGCUAUUAUGCCAACACUGUUUGCAAAUACAGAGUCUUCUCUUCGCUCAACAUACACAUCCAGUUUAUCAAGAUAUCGUAAUGUAAAUGUUAGUCAACUUUCAUCUUCUGUAACAACUGGAAACACACCACCACCACCAUCUCCAUCAGCAGCAACAACAAUUGUUCAGAAUGUUUCUAAUCCUAAUACAAAUGGUAUAAAUCAGACGUUCUCGACAAUAACGACCAAUACUGUAAAUGAUAGCACAGUUUCUCGCAAUUUCAUACUACCACCAUUAUUAAAUCCUACAGUUAACUCUACAAUCAACACAACUGCGAUAUCUCUCGCUUCAUUCAAUCCCUUAGCUACAGGAUUAAGCAUAUCAAGCCCAAAAACUAAUUUCUCAGUAAUUCAUAAGACUGGAUUUGGAUUGACUCAACAAAGCAGGCAGACUGGACAGCAUACACCAUUUCUACACAAAGGUAAUGGUGGGAAUUUAGUUGCCCAACAAAAUAACAACAGCUCUGUAAAUACACUUCUGCAUAUUCACAGAACUACAUCAAAAUCAUCAACUCAUCAUAAUCAGAGUUCUCCUAAGCAGACCAGUUUUCCUCUGCCACCUAUUGAUGCAUCUAAAGAUCGGCUUCGCAAACACAAGAAAUUAUGGCGUCCUUACAGUUCAAGACCAUCAAUAAUAACUAAGUCAAUUACAAAUUCUAAUUUGUUGGCAAGAGCCUAUUCAACCUUAUUAUUUCAAACUCCUGAAAUGUACGGUGAUACCUGCUCAGUAAAAAUAAACCCAGCCAUUUUCAUCGGUUCUACAACAAGCUGUUUAAGAAAUAAUGAUUCAGUGUCACGUUGA